AUGAGCAUUCUGGUCAGAAAAACUAAUAAAUAGAUGCGGUCUUUAAAGUCUUUAAGAACAGAUUAAUAGAAAAAAAAACUACCAUAAGUUUCUAAGUUCCGAUAUACAAGUACAAAGUUCCAUCCAUUGAAAACUGAACCUGAUUAUAUUAAUGAUUGUGUUAAAUUCUUUACAAUUAGGUAAUUAAGUAUAUAUAUCUAUUAUAGAACACUCUAAGGAAUAGAUGACAAUAUUGAUAAUAAUUAAGAUUGUAUAUUCUAUUCUACUAAUUAUAAUGAUAAUGAAGAUCAGUAUUUAUUUGGUAUUUGUGAUGGACAUGGUCCUGAUGGACAUCUCAUUUCUAAUUAUGUUGCACAUUAAUACAAAAGAAAAUUAAGGAUUUCUUUGUUUUUUGGAGAUCAUUAAUCUCAAAAUAUAAAAUUAAUGAAUUAAUGCACAGUCGAUAUUGAAAAAGAAUUGUAGUUCAAUGAUGAAUUUAAUUUAAUGAUAAGUGGAACCACUCUUAUUGCAAUUUUUAUUAAUGGAGACAAAAUUAUUUGUUAAAAUAUAGGAAAUUCAAAAGCAGUUUUCUUUUCUAAAUCAUAGUUUUAAUGGCAACAUAAAGAAUUAUCUUAAGAACAUAAACUAUCUCACAAUUAAGAGUGUUUUAGAGUACUGAAAAGUGGAGGGUAGAUUAGAUAAUUAAAAAAUUAAUUUACAAAUAAAAGAUAAGGACCUUAUUAUGUUUUUCUACAGGAUCAAAAUAUUCCAUAACUUUAUACCACAAGAUCUUUAGGAGAUUCUAUAGGUAAAAAAAUUGGAAUAACAGCUGAAUCAGAAUUCUAGACAUUUUAAUUAAAAUAGGAAGGAUUUUUAAUCUUAGGAACUUGUGGUUUAUGGGAUGUUAUGAGUUAUUAGGAAAUCAUAACUUUAUUAGAAUAAACUAGAUUUAUUUCUUAAUAAAAAUAGAUUGAAGAGUUGGCAAAUUCUAUAUUGAAUUAUUGUAAAAAAAAAUGGGAAAAUUAUUAUAAUAAUAAUGAAGUAGUUAGAAUUGAAGACAUCUCGUUCAUUUUAAUUUAUUUAUCUUGA